AUGUCGCAAACACUGGGCCUUCCGAGGCGUCUGUCAUGGCCGUUGGUAACAGUCCUGGCGGCGCUUGAGACUCUUGCACUGCGCUUGUAUGGCCGGGAUGCAGCGGCCACGACCAAUCUGAAGCUCUCGUCGCUCGUUCUGUCAUUCGGGCUGUUUUGGCUUGCCAAUCUUGCCGUCUGCGGCCUUUACUUUACCUUCAUCUAUCCCUUCUAUGUCUCUCCGACACGAAACCUUCCCACAGCCGGAGGACGGCAUUGGCUCCUGGGCCACUUUCCCGUACUCUUUAGCGCCCCUCCAGGCGAAUGCUCAAGGACAUGGAACAAAAAUGUAGACCACGAUGGCCUACUGCGCUUCUUCAUGCUCUUCAACCAGGAGCGUCUCCUCGCCAUCUCCCCCAAAGCCGUGGCCGAAAUCACCGUCACCAACAGCUACGUCUGGGAAAAGCCCGGCGUCGUGCGCGAUGCGCUCAGCACCGUCACGGGCGUCGGUCUCGUCACCUCCGAGGGCGACGAGCACCGCCGCCAGCGCCGCCACAUGCUGCCCGCUUUCAACUUUCGCCACAUCAAGGAUCUAUACCCCGUCUUCUGGGACAAGUCACGCGAGGUCGCCCAGGCCAUGACCAAGUCGGUCCACGGCCGCGAGGGCCAGCUGCACGUCUCGCACUGGGCGUCGCUCGCCACGCUCGACAUCAUCGGUAUGGCCGCCAUGGGGCGCGACUUUUCCGCCAUUCGCGACCCCGAGAAUCCCCUCGUCGCCCAGUACACCAGCGUCUUUGAGGGGCAGUCCCUGCUCCGCGUGUUUCUCGUGCUUGGGCUCGUGCUGCCGCAGUGGCUGAUUGAGGAGCUCCCCAUAAAGCGCAUUCGCCAAUUCCGCGACGCGAUGCGCGCUAUCCGCAGCGUGUGCCAGGAGCUCAUUGAAGAGAAGCGCGCCAAGCUGCAGGCGCAAAAACAGGACAAGACGGCCCAACCCGACGUGGAUAUUCUCUCGAUUGCGCUCGAGAGCGGACAGUUUACCGACGUGGGCCUGCAAAACCAGCUCAUGACGUUUUUCGCGGCCGGCCACGAGACAACGUCCGUAUCGCUGACAUGGGCCAUCUACGCCCUGUGCUUGAAGCCAGCCAUGCAGACGCGGCUGCGUGCUGAAGUGCGCGCGCACCUGCCCUCGGUCGACGACGCAGGUGCCGCGCUCACGAGCGUCGACUUUGACCGCCUGCCGUACCUCAACGCCGUCGUCAACGAGACGCUGCGGCGCUAUCCAUCGGUGCCAGUAACGGGCCGCGUCGCCAUGCAGGAUACCUCGGUGCUGGGCGUGCCCGUCGCGCGCGGCACGUCAGUCACCAUUCCGCAGUGGGCCAUCAAUGUCGACAAGACGCUCUGGGGCGACGAUGCCGAAGACUUUAACCCAGAUCGCUGGCUCGACGCCCGGACAAGCGACGACGGUGGCGUUACGCUGAACAAUACCGGCGGAUCCAACAGCAACUACGCGCUGGCGACGUUUCUGCACGGCCCGCGGAGCUGUAUCGGUGCCGCGUUUGCAAAAGGCGAGUUUGCGUGCUUGUUGGCGGCGCUGGUUGGACGUUUUGAGUUUGAGCUUGUGGACAAGACACUCAUGGAUCCGGAUAAGCUCAAGGUCAAGGGCGGCGUGACGAUUAAGCCGGCGGAUGGACUACAUGUAAUUGCUAGAGUGGUACCGGGAUAUUAG